AACUUGUAAAUACAAGCAUUUAUUUAUGGAUCUCUCUCCUAGAACCUGCUUAUUACAGCCGCAUAAACUCCCACAUUGUCCCCAGAGAGGAAACUCAGACAUACUCCAGAGAGACUUCCAAACCAAGGAGUGAGAGAAGAGCAAGCAGUGAAAGCUAGGCAAACGCACAGAGAGCCAUAGAAAAAGUGAAGGACGGAAAAGGGAUCCAGGAGGCUUGAAGAAGAUUGGCUAUAUCCCUGCUAGUCCAACCCACAAAGAGAAAUGGGAUGACAAUAUCUCCUGAAGUCGCAUGCAUCCGAAAGUAACAAAUGGAGCCAAAUUAUUUUCGGAUUCAUUAAUUUUGAAAACAGAAAUCCAGGAAGGAUUAUAACACAGUGCACCAACUGUUGAAGUAAGCACAGAUUUCACUGAUGUCCCUGGAGACAUAUUUUCCUCCUGAACAUACCUGCACAGCAAGAAUGGAGUCAGAAUCCAGCUGUGUGGAAGAGGAGGCAGUAAUAAAGCAGGAUAAAAUAAAGGCAUCAAUAAAUGGCAUACCACAAAUGUCAGAAAAUAGUGAACCUUUACUAAAUAUAGGUAUUUCUCCUAUAGUUCCUCCUGUGACACAAGCUCCAAAAAGUAGCAACAGUCAUCCUUAUUCAGGGGAUAAUGUUCCCAAGAACAAUUCUCAGAAAAAAAAGUCUUCUCAGUCACAUCUAGAGAAACAGUGCAGUCAAACAAGUAAAGAUGGAGCUGAGCCACCUUUCCUCCCACCUGGCGCACAAGAGGAUUGCUGUGUACACUGUACCCUGGCUCUGCUGUUCUGUCAGUUUCUUUCCCUGUGUAAUAUUCUUAUGGAUCUUCUAACAUGUGGUUCAUGUUCGCCUGACUCUGCUGGCAUAUGCUGCUCAUGCUGUUCCAUUGGUGGAUGUCCUGAUUGUGCAGACUCAUGUAGCACUGACUGUGGCAUUGUAGAUGCCUGCUGUGAAUCAGCUGACUGCCUUGAAAUCUGCAUGGAAUGUUGUGGUCUAUGUUUCUCCUCCUAAUAGGGCACGAUAGAGCUGGUGCAAGACUGUAUACAAUGUGAAUAAUACGCUGCAGACCAUAGAGAGAUUAAAGGUAAAGAUGCAGAGAAAUUCUAAAAAUCUAUGUGCCAUGAAUGGAUUUGGUAAACACAGGACUUGAAUUUUUGGUGAAAUUGGGACUGGUCUGAGCCAUUUAAAGUAACCAUAUUCUGAACCAUUAUGCCUAACUCAAGAAGCUUGUGAAGAACUGGGAAAGUAUUCAGCUGCUGCAAAAUAAUUUAAAAUCUAUUAAAUUUAAAUAUAUACAGUAUUUGUAAAGCGUUUCAUUAAAUGCCAUUAAAAUACAUACAGUACAUACAUACAUACAUAUCACAAUUCUACAUGGGCAAAACUUGAAAUGCAAAGACUAACUUUGUCAAUUUAAAAAUUUGAACACUUAUUUGGCUUAAAAAUGUAUGACAGCUUGGGUUAACAUAUCAGUAUCUCUUGUCAAUCUCAGUGCUAACGUGUUUAAAACACAUUAUCUGGCUG